AAGAUGGCGGCCGUUGGGACGCCGGCUGGGGGUGGCGAGUGAGGGUCGGGGGGAAAGUGGCCCCGGUGUUGCGGCUGAGGGAAGGCGGCUGCCGGGCAGGAACAGCGGCAGGGACUGGGGAGGAGGCGGCUGCGGGUGCCUUGAAGCUCCGCGGCGGGGAUGAGGAACCGGGGAGCCGGGGCAGGGAGCCGGUGAGGAGGGAGUGGGGCUGCCCCGUAUGCGCGGCUGCCCGGAGCCCCUCACCGCCACGGGGUCGGGGCGCAGCUCGGCGGCCCGGCGGAGGCGUCGGUGGAGCCCCGGCGGCGCUGGCGGGGGCAGAGGAAGGCGGACAGGAGGUACUGAAACAGCUACAAGGAAGUAUUGAAGAUGAGGCAAUGGCAUCUUCUGGACAGAUUGACUUACUGGAACGACUUAAAGAACUGAAUUUGGAAAGCACCAGCUUCGCUGGGGUGAAGUUGAGGCCAAAGGUGUCCGUGCGUUCUUACGGGAGCCGGGAAGGGUCCGUGUCGAGCCGUUCAGGGGAGUGCAGUCCGGUCCCCAUGGGGUCAUUUCCAAGAAGAGGCUUUAUGAAUGGAAGCAGAGAAAGCACUGGUUACUUAGAAGAGCUAGAAAAAGAGAGAUCCCUGUUGCUUGCGGAGCUUGAGAAGGAAGAGAAAGAAAAGGACUGGUAUUAUGCCCAGCUUCAGAACCUGACUAAAAGGAUAGAUAGUCUCCCCCUUACUGAAAAUUUCUCCUUGCAAACAGAUAUGACCAGAAGGCAGCUGGAGUACGAGGCCAGGCAAAUCAGAGCUGCAAUGGAAGAACAGCUGGGCACUUGUCAGGAUAUGGAGAAGCGAGCACAGGCAAGGGUGGCCAGAAUUCAACAAAUAGAGAAGGACAUUCUUCGUAUACGACAGCUCCUUCAAUCACAAGCAGCUGAAGCAGAGAGAGCACCUCAAAGCAAGCAUGAGGCAGGUUCCCAUGAUACAGAGAGGCAGAAUGAAGGUCAAGUAGCAGCAGAAAUCAACGUGGCAACCAGCAGUACUGGUCAGGGUUCUGCUGCUCGAGUGGACCAUGAGACAGCCAGUGUUAUGAGCUCUAGUAGUAACUAUUCUGUUCCUCGAAGACUGACAAGUCAUCUGGGUACCAAGGUAACCGAAGAUUACAAACCACAGGUGGAAAUGGUGUAUUCAUUGUUAUCAAUGCUUGGUACUCAUGAUAAAGAUGACAUGUCAAGAACAUUGCUAGCAAUGUCUAGCUCCCAGGACAGCUGCAUAGCCAUGCGUCAGUCUGGAUGUCUUCCUCUCCUCAUCCAGCUAUUACAUGGCAACGAUAAGGACUCUGUGUUGUUAGGAAACUCCCGUGGUAGUAAAGAGGCCCGUGCCAGAGCCAGCGCAGCACUGCACAACAUCAUUCACUCCCAGCCCGAUGAUAAGCGAGGCAGACGGGAAAUCCGUGUGCUCCAUCUCUUGGAGCAGAUCCGUGCUUACUGUGAAACGUGUUGGGAAUGGCAGGAGGCACAUGAACAAGGCAUGGACCAAGACAAAAACCCAAUGCCUGCUCCAGUGGAUCAUCAGAUUUGCCCUGCAGUGUGUGUUUUGAUGAAACUUUCAUUUGAUGAAGAACACAGACAUGCAAUGAAUGAGCUUGGCGGUUUGCAGGCCAUUGCUGAACUGUUGCAAGUGGAUUGUGAAAUGUAUGGACUCACAAAUGAUCACUAUAGUGUUACCCUAAGGAGGUAUGCUGGCAUGGCUCUGACAAACCUGACUUUUGGAGAUGUAGCAAACAAGGCUACAUUAUGUUCCAUGAAGGGCUGCAUGAGAGCUCUUGUAGCCCAGCUGAAAUCUGAAAGUGAAGACUUACAGCAGGUCAUUGCAAGUGUGUUGAGGAACUUAUCCUGGCGAGCAGAUGUAAACAGUAAAAAGACUCUUAGAGAAGUUGGAAGUGUGAAAGCAUUGAUGGAAUGCGCUUUAGAAGUUAAGAAGGAAUCCACCCUGAAAAGUGUUCUGAGUGCCUUAUGGAAUUUGUCAGCACACUGCACUGGGAACAAAGCUGACAUAUGCGCUGUUGAUGGUGCUCUUGCAUUUCUGGUUGGCACACUGACAUACCGGAGCCAAACAAACACUUUAGCCAUCAUAGAAAGUGGAGGAGGAAUACUAAGAAAUGUUUCUAGCCUAAUUGCUACUAAUGAGGACCAUAGGCAAAUCUUGCGAGAGAACAGCUGCUUACAAACCUUGUUACAACACUUGAAGUCACACAGUUUGACAAUAGUUAGUAACGCAUGUGGGACCCUGUGGAAUCUCUCUGCUCGAAAUGCGAAGGAUCAGGAGGCGCUGUGGGACAUGGGAGCCGUGAGCAUGCUGAAAAACCUGAUUCAUUCAAAACAUAAAAUGAUAGCCAUGGGUAGUGCCGCAGCUCUACGGAACCUCAUGGCAAACAGGCCAGCAAAGUACAAGGAUGCCAACAUUAUGUCUCCAGGAUCAAGCCUCCCAUCCCUCCAUGUCAGAAAGCAAAAGGCACUGGAAGCAGAAUUAGAUGCUCAGCAUUUAUCAGAGACUUUUGACAACAUUGAUAACUUAAGCCCAAAAACAUCUCACCGCAAUAAGCAGAGACAUAAGCAAAAUAUAUACAGUGAGUAUGUCCUGGACGCCAGCCACCAUGACGAUGGGGUGUGCAGGUCAGAGAGCUUUAAUGCUAGCAAUAUGACUGUGCUCUCACCAUAUGUAAAUACUACAGUAUUGCCUGGCUCCUCCUCUUCCAGUAGAGGAAAUGCAGAAAAUUCUCGAUCUGAGAAAGACAGGAGUGUUGAAAGGGAUCGAACGGUAGGUUUAAACACCUAUCAUCAAGCUGCAGAGAAUACUGGGAAUUCUGCUAAGAGAAUAGGAAUGCAGAUUUCUACUGCUGCAGCUCAGAUUGCCAAAGUUAUGGAAGAAGUAACAAGCAUGCACAUUCCACAGGAAGACAGAAGUUCUGGGUCCACUUCUGAAAUACACUGUUUGACAGAAGACAGAAAUGCCCAGAGAAGAUCCUCCUCUGCCCAUACUCACUCAAAUACAUACUUUCCAAAAUCUGAGAACUCAAACAGGACAUGUCCUGUGCCUUAUACAAAAGUGGAAUACAAAAGAGCUUCAAAUGAUAGUUUAAAUAGUGUCAGCAGCAGUGAUGGCUAUGGUAAAAGAGGCCAAAUGAAACCUUCCAUUGAGUCUUACUCCGAAGAUGAUGAAAGUAAAUUCUGUAGUUAUGGCCAAUAUCCAGCUGACUUGGCACACAAGAUUCAUAGUGCAAAUCACAUGGAUGACAAUGAUGGAGAACUAGACACACCUAUUAAUUAUAGUCUUAAAUACUCAGAUGAGCAGUUAAAUUCUGGAAGGCAAAGUCCCUCUCAGAAUGAAAGAUGGGCAAGGCCUAAGCAUAUAAUAGAUGAUGAAAUGAAACAAAAUGAGCAGAGACAGUCAAGGAACCAAAAUGCAGCCUACCCUGUGUACACUGAAAGUGGAGAUGAUAAACACAUGAAAUAUCAGACACCUUUUGGACAGCAGGAGUGCGUUUCUUCCUUUAGAUCAAGAGGAUCCAGUGGCUCAGAGCAGAACAGAGUAGGCCCAACUCUUGGAAUUAAUCAGAAAGUAAAUCAGUCCUUGUGCCAGGUUGAUGAUUAUGAUGAUGAUAAGCCAACCAACUAUAGUGAACGUUAUUCUGAGGAGGAACAACAUGAAGAGGAAGACAGACCAACUAAUUACAGCAUAAAGUACAACGAAGAGGAACAUCAUGUUGAUCAGCCUAUUGACUAUAGUUUAAAAUACUCAACAGAAGUUCCAGCGCCUUCUCAGAAACCAUCUUUUACUUUUCCAAAGACUUCUUCAGUGCAACUCAGUAAAACUGACCAUAUUACCCCAAGCAGUGGGAGCACAUCAGCCCCCUCAGCUGGUUCAAAGAGGCAGAACCAGCUUCACCCAAGCUCGGCACAGAGCAGAAGUGGUCAUGCACAGAAGAACGCCUCCUCUAAGACUCCCUCUAUUAAUCAGGAAACUAUACAAACUUACUGUGUGGAAGAUACCCCAAUAUGUUUUUCAAGGUGUAGCUCUUUGUCAUCCUUGUCAUCAGCUGAAGAUGAAAUAGGACGUGAUCAAUCCACCCGUGGCACAGAUGCCAAUAACACACUGCAGAUUGCAGAACUGAAGGAGAACAAUGGGGCUCUACCUACAGAAGGUGCAGCAAGUGAAAUUGCAUCAACAGCACAACACAUCAGAACAAAAUCCACUAGACUUCAGACUUCUAGCUUGUCUCCUUCUGAUUCCUCUAGACAUAAAGCUGUUGAAUUUUCUUCAGGUGCCAAAUCUCCCUCAAAGAGUGGUGCCCAAACUCCUAAAAGCCCACCAGAACAUUAUGUGCAGGAAACACCGCUCAUGUUCAGCAGAUGUACUUCUGUAAGUUCCCUAGACAGUUUUGAAAGCCGUUCAAUUGCUAGUUCAGUUCAAAGUGAGCCUUGCAGUGGAAUAGUAAGUGGUAUUAUAAGUCCCAGUGACCUUCCAGACAGCCCUGGACAAACAAUGCCUCCAAGCAGAAGUAAAACACCACCACCUGCUCAAGGAGUUCAGGUAAAAAGAGAGGUACCUAAAGGAAAAACAACCACUACAGAGAAGAGAGAACCUGGUCCUAGACAUGCAGCUGUAAAUGCAGCUGUUCAAAGAGUUCAGGUACUGCCAGAUGCUGAUACACUAUUACAUUUUGCCACAGAAAGCACACCAGAUGGGUUUUCUUGCUCUUCUAGCCUGAGUGCUCUGAGCCUUGAUGAACCAUUUAUACAGAAAGAUGCAGAGUUAAGAAUUAUGCCUCCAGUUCAUGAGAACGAGCAUGGAAACGAAGCAGAACCUGAACAGUCGGAUGAUACAAAGGAUAACCAGGAGAAGAAAGCAGAGAAGCCAGCUGAAGCAGAAAAAGACAUUCUGGAUGAUUCUGAUGAUGAUAUUGAAAUACUGGAAGCAUGUAUUAUUUCUGCAAUGCCUACAAAGUCUUCACGUAAAACCAAAAAGCCUUCUCAAGCAUCUGCUCCAAAAAUACCUCCUUCUGUAGCCAGAAAGCCCAGCCAGUUGCCAGUUUACAAACUUUUGCCUUCACAAAGCAGACUGCAAUCACAAAAGCACGUGACUUUUACGCCAGGAGAUGAUAUGCCACGGGUAUAUUGUGUUGAGGGUACACCAAUAAAUUUUUCAACAGCCACAUCUCUGAGUGACCUGACAAUAGAAUCACCCCCAAGUGAGUUGGCCAAUGCAGACAAUGUGGGUGUGGGAGCAGAGUCAGGGGAGUUUGAAAAGCGGGACACCAUUCCUACAGAAGGCAGAAGUACUGAUGAUUCUCAGAGAGCAAAAAGCUCAGCUGUGACUCCCCUUGGCCUGGAUGACGACAAAACAGAAGAGGGUGAUAUUUUGGCUGAGUGCAUUAACUCAGCUAUGCCAAAAGGAAAAAGCCACAAGCCUUUCAGAGUGAAGAAGAUAAUGGAUCAAAUUCAACAAGCAUCUUCAUCUCCAGUUAAUAAAAACCAACCAGAAGGUGAGAAAAAGAAGCCAACAUCACCAAUAAAGCCUGUUUCUCAAAACAAUGAAUACAGAGCACGCAUGCGAAAAAGCACAGAGCCUAAAAGCAGUGCUGGUAAUGAAAGAGGUUAUCCAGAGAACAGAGAUGCAAAGAAACAGAACCUUAAAAAUAAUUCAAGAGAUUUUCAUGACAAAUUGCCAAAUAACGAAGAACGUGUAAGAGGAAGCUUUGCAUUUGAUUCCCCUCAUCAUUACACACCUAUUGAGGGAACUCCUUACUGUUUUUCACGGAAUGAUUCCCUGAGUUCUUUAGAUUUUGAUGAUGAUGAUGUUGACCUUUCAAGGGAGAAGGCAGAAUUAAGAAAAGGAAAAGAAGGAAAGGAAACAGAAAGUAAAGAGUGCUCUAAUGCAGAAGAGUCUUCAAAUCAGCAACCAAGUAAGAGGACACAAGUUUGUCAAAAACACGCAGCAGGCAGAAGCCAGACAAAAACUUUCUCUCAGUCAACUAAAGAUAUUCCAGACAGAGGAGCAGCUACAGAUGAGAAAAUGCAAAAUUUUGCUAUUGAAAACACACCUGUUUGUUUUUCUCGCAAUUCGUCUCUUAGCUCCCUCAGUGAUAUUGAUCAAGAAAACAAUAACAACAAAGAAGGGGAACCUGCAAAAUGUCCCGAGGCUCCUGAGCCACAGGUGGAAUCCAACAGACCACAGACUUCAGGUUAUGCACCUAAAUCAUUUCAUGUUGAAGAUACUCCUGUGUGCUUCUCUAGAAAUAGCUCUCUGAGUUCUCUUAGCAUUGACUCAGAAGAUGAUCUUCUGCAGGAAUGUAUUAGUUCCGCUAUGCCUAAAAAGAAAAAGCCCUCAAGAAUGAAGAGUGAUGGUGAAAAAAAUAAUUCCAGGAACACAGGUGGUAUACUAGCAGAAGAUUUAACACUGGAUUUGAGAGAGAUACAGAGGCCAGAUUCAGAACAUGGUUUUUCACCUGAUUCGGAGAACUUUGACUGGAAAGCUAUACAAGAAGGUGCAAAUUCUAUAGUUAGUAGCUUGCAUCAAGCUGCAGCUGCUGCAUCACUGUCUAGACAAGCUUCAUCAGACUCUGACUCUAUCCUUUCAUUAAAAUCUGGUAUAUCUCUAGGGUCACCAUUUCAUCUUACCCCAGACCAAGAAGAAAAACCUUUCACUAGUAAUAAAGGUCCAAGAAUUAUUAAGCCAGGAGAGAAGAGUACACUGGAGUCUAAAAAAGUAGAACAAGAAAGUAGGGGAAUCAAAGGAGGGAAGAAAGUGUAUAAAAGUAUGAUCACAGGAAAAGCACGCUCCAAUUCAGAAGUUUCAAGUUUGAAGCAACCACAACAGACAAGUGUGCCUUCAAUUUCACGUGGUAGAACAAUGAUACAUAUUCCAGGAGUUCGAAACAGUUCUUCAAGUACUAGUCCUGUUUCCAAAAAAGGACCCCCACUCAAAAACAUGAACUCUAAGAGUCCUAGUGAAGGCCAAAGUUUGACUAGUUCUCCAAGAGGAGCCAAAUCAUCAGUGAAACCUGAGCCAGCUCCUGUGACUAGGCAACCAUCAGGGUUGAACCAGAGUGCAUCAAGUAAAGGACCUUCUAGAUCAGGAUCUAGAGACUCCACUCCUUCUAGACCUCAACAGCAGCCAUUAAGUAGGCCUUUGCAAUCUCCUGGACGAAACUCCAUUUCCCCAGGAAGAAAUGGUAUCAGUCCUCCCAACAAACUAUCACAGUUGCCAAGAACAUCAUCUCCUAGCACAGCUUCAACUAAAUCCUCAAGUUCAGGUAGAAUGUCAUACACACCACCGGGCAGGCAGAUGAGCCAGCAAAACCUUACAAAGCAAACUGCCUUACCUAAGAGUACCAGUAGCAUUCCACGGAGUGAAUCUGCUUCAAAGGGGUUAAACCAAACUCUCAGCACUGGUGGAUCCAACAAAAAGACUGACCUAUCCAGAAUGUCAUCCACAAAGUCUAGUGGAAGUGAAUCUGACAGAUCUGAGAGACCUGUUCUCGUUCGUCAGUCAACUUUUAUUAAAGAGGCUCCAAGCCCUACUCUAAGACGGAAAUUAGAAGAGUCAGCUUCAUUUGAAUCUCUGUCACCAUCCAGGCCAGAUUCUCCCACAAGAUCCCAACUGCAGACCCCAGUUUUAAGUCCUUCUCUUCCUGAUAUGUCUUUAUCUACUCAUUCACCUGCCCAGAGUAGUGCUUGGCGAAAAUUAGCCCCUAAUCAGAGCCCUACUAUAGAAUAUGAUGGGAGACCAGCAAAGCGUCAUGACAUAGCUCGUUCCCAUUCUGAGAGUCCAUCUAGGCUGCUGAUUAAUAGAUCAGGAACAUGGAAGCGCGAGCACAGUAAGCAUUCCUCAUCACUUCCUCGUGUAAGCACUUGGCGAAGAACUGGAAGUUCCUCCUCCAUUCUGUCAGCUUCUUCAGAAUCCAGUGAAAAGGCAAAAAGUGAAGAUGAAAAGCAGCAUGGAGGUUCCCUUCCUGGACACAAGCAAACUAAAGAAAGCCAAGCACCAGCAAAAGGUACUUGGAGAAAAAUAAAAGAAAAUGAAAUUCCUCAGAUAAUGAAUGAUCCUCAGCAUUCUUCUUCGGGUGCCACAAAUGGCUCUGAUUCCAAAACCCUCAUCUAUCAGAUGGCUCCAGCUGUCUCUAAGACAGAGGAUGUGUGGGUAAGGAUAGAGGACUGCCCAAUUAACAACCCUCGAUCUGGAAGGUCCCCAACUGGAAAUACUCCCCCUGUUAUUGACAGUGUUUCAGAGAAAGGGGGUAUGAAUGGUAAAGAUCCUAAAGAGAUUCAAGAAAAGCAAACCCCAGGGAAUGGAGGUGUUCCUGUUCGUACCACUGGCUUAGAAAACCGUCUGAACUCUUUCUUUCAGAUAGACAGUCCAGACAAGAAAGGCACUGAAACAAAGCCUCUGCAGAAUAAUCCCGUCCCUGGACCAGAAAUUAACGAAAGUACUGUAAGUGAGCGUACUCCAUUCAGUUCCAGUAGCUCAAGCAAGCACAGCUCCCCCAUCGGUGCUGUGGCAGCAAGGGUGACUCCUUUCAACUACAACCCGAGCCGCAGGAAGAGCAGUGUGGACAAUAGUUCUGCACGGCCCUCACAGAUCCCAACCCCAGUGAAUAACAGCACCAAGAAACGCGACACCAAGUCUGAAAACACUGACUCCAGUGGAACACAAAGCCCUAAACGUCACUCUGGCUCUUACCUGGUAACUUCUGUUUAAGUGCAACAAAAAAAAAAAAACCACAAAAAAAACAAAACCACAAAAAACUGAUGUAUUAUAUACAGCAGCUACUUAGAAACUUUGUUUCAAACGAAACAAAAAAAAGGGGAUUGAUUUGUUUGUUUGUUUGUUUGUUUUUAUUUGUUGUAAAUAGCUUUGAUUCUUGUUAGAUUGUCCUUGUUCUGGAAGCCAUAUUUGAUAGUAUACUUCGUCUCCACUAGUGAUAUUUUGCAGGAACACCUGAUUGACAGUUUGGAAUAAAGUUGCUAACACGAGUGUAUUUGUACAGUAUGUUUAACAUGUAUUCCCAUGUUUAACACGCAUCCCAUCCCAUUAUCCUUUGAAUAUUGCUUGUCAUUGAAAUCAUGGAAUAGCACAGAUAGAAAUGAUGCAGUCAUAUUGCUAUACCAAUAAUUUCUAGAUUACAGACCAACUAAACUACAUCAGGGAAGAAUUGGUAUUAUUUAUGCAAAAAAAUAUACUCAUGUUUAGUAUUUGUGAGUUCAUCUAACCCAAUAAUUAAUCAUGUGGCUGUGAAAUUCACAGUAAUAUGGUUUCCGCUGAACAAGCUUUCCUAGCCUGCUUUUCUGCAUGAAUGGAACUGAUGGUUCAUUUUAUGAAGUAAUGAUUAACAUUUCUGUGGUCACAUAAUGUGCAUAGAUAGUUACAGUGUAACAAUUUACACUUUCUUUGUGCUCUGAAAAAGAAAAAAACAAAACAAAAAAAAACCCACCUGUGUAACUGUAAAAGUUUGAACAAAAUUAUUUUACCUGAAUUAAAUUUUAUCUUAAAGUAGGUAGAAUUUUUUUGCUAUGCUGUAACUUGUUGUAUAUUCUGGUAUUUGAGGUGAGAUGGCUGCUCUUUUAUUAAUGAGACGUGGGUGAUGCCUCAACAGAGACUAAAAUGAACAUUUCAGAAUAAAUUAUUACUAUAUGUAAGUUGUGUGUGUUACUUCUGUAUUACAUAAAAAGACAGGAUUUUAAUUUGAAAUGUCACCAUAUAAUGUGGUUGUAUGCACUUAAGGCCUGAUUUGGGAUAAUCCUGCACCUCCAGUAUAGUUUCUUCCUUAUCACUGGCAAAUGGCUGUUGUAGGAUACUUUUAACAUUUGCAGGAUCAGGCCCCAGGUCUUCUGUAAUAUAUUUUGUAAUUGAGACAGUUUCACACAUCUCAGGUGCAUAACAAGGCUAAAGGCAGGGUAUUUCCAGUAGCCAUGCAGUAUAAUUGUUCUCAUGACUGCAAGCCUGAAAUAAUAAUGUAUACAAAUAAUACAAAUAAUUGUAUACAAAUAAUAUUGUAUACAAAUUGUAAAACAAAUGUUUUGAUUGGGGAUAUAAUGUAGAAUGUGAAAUAGUGACUAUAAGAUGAAAUUUUGCUUCUAUUUGCGCUCUAUGUGCUUUUUUUAAAUUUAUUUUUUAAAAAAUUAUGAAGGGAAAAAUAUCAUAAAAAUCCAAUGGCAGCAAGAAAUUUGUUACCAUAGAAGAAAAAGGAUUUUAUGCAAAACAUGACAUUUGCUGCCUCGAGCCUUUCUGAUGCAGAUAUAGCUUGUGCUAGAACAAUGCUGAAAGAAAACAGAUUUUUGCUUUAAAAAUAUAAAUAUAGUCUGAAUUUAGAUGAGGGUUACUUCAAAGUAGAAACAUGAGAACAGAACAUUAACCAUUCUGUGCAUGUUUGAACAAACCAUGAAAUGAAAUGAAAUGGUAUGUCAGUUUAAUCUCAACUGGACUGUUCUACAGGUAACUUUCUAAAUAACUGAUAUGUCAGAAUGCCCUGAUUUCAGGAAGCCCUGAAAUAGAGCAAUUUACCUUUAUGGUAGCUUUAACACAGUUGCGGAGUUUAUCACUUCUGUGGCUUUUGUACUUCUGAUACUGAAAUUAAUUGAAUUCAUUAUAAAUCAUGCACUGAUUUAGAAACACAAUCAAGACACUAUCAGCAGACAGAAGUCAAUUUAUACUAAAGCCAGUACCAAAAAUACCUGUUUGGCAGAAGUGGUAUCUUACUUGCUCUUUUGUUCUUUGCUUCCUGUCAGAUUUACUUAGAGAUAUGCCAUGUUCCUGUAUCACCUCGUGAACCUGCUAAAAAGCAGCAUCCCUCUUGUUAGCAUUUGAAAUAUUUUGCAUACCGUAUCUUCAUUAAACUUCUAAUAUGAAUGAAUCUUAGUGUCCUUUUAAAGAUUAGAUAGAAACAGAUUAUGUCACGUGUUUAAAGUCAGGGCUUCCUGCUGGAGUAGAAUAUGGAACUCCAUCCUUGAGUUUCAAAUGAAAGACCACUUUUGUUGUAAAUGUUUUGAUUUUUUGAUUUUUUUAUCAUUAUUUUGUGCUGGGCUUUCAACAACUAAUACAGAAAUAUAUGACAUAAUCCAGAAUAGUUGUUUAACACCGGCAUUACAUAUUUGUCAUGUCAAUUUAAGAGUUAAAGGUAAACUCAGUCUCAGAAAAGAAAUUCUGGUUUACUGAAUUCUGUUCAGUUACUAAACUGAAUUCUGUUCAGUUCUGUUACUGAAAAAUGACUGAAAUAAGUUUUUUUAAUCAAAAGAUAACGUGAAACUAUAAAUAACUGUAUGCGUAUCAAACACCAGAAUGUCUUUGAAAAUUAGAGUGGCUUCUUGAUAUAGACUUGGGGAUACUUCAUGAUCAUUAUAAUUGGAAAGUUUCUCUUACUAUCCACUUGAGUAAACCUAUAUUUGUAGCAAAGACAGGCUAGAGAAACUUUCCAACUAUAAGAGUAGUGAUACACUAAAAUAUGCUUCCCAUGGGAGUUGUUAAAUUUCCAUUAUAGAAGUUUUAAGAAGAGGUUUAUGAAACAUCUCAUAGGGAUGGACUGUAGUAUAUUUCGUAUUGCCUGUGUGCAGAGAUGGGUGAUCUUUUGAAAUCUCUUCCAGAUCUACAUUUCUCUGAUUCUUUAUCUAAAAUACUUAGUAUCCACUAAGAGCCUUUUAGAAUAUUUAAAGACAUCCAUGAUGUUUGAUUUAUGAUGGGGAUAUAAAGUUAUAUUCUAUAAGCUUAACUAAAAAACAGAUCCCAGAAAUAUAAAAUCAAAGACAUGAAAAAUGGUUGCAAUAAGUAUAUUUGGUCUUGGAUUUUGUUAAUGAUGUCAGAGUCACAAUAGUCAGAUUUUAUUUAUGCUACUUGUUCCUUGGUUCCGUUUGUAUGAAGUUGCCACAGCAGGUAAGAGGACAUUUAUGUCAAGGCGAAACAAAGAAUAGCAAGGAGCUAAGGAAACCAAGACUCAAUUUACUGUUCUUCUGGGAUGCACUGCCCUUCUUUCUUCCAAUUUUGGUAGAAUUUUUUUUGUGACUUUUAUUUGUGACUCAGACCUUUAUCUGUCAUUGAACUAGCUUAUCAUAUCUAGUGCAUACCAAACUUAUACUUAAAAAUCAGUUUCUACUGAAAAAUAACUCAUAAAGCUCAUUUCAGACUGUCUUCUAGCUUUGUCCUCUUGAUGUGAGAAUCAGAGAUCUGACCUCCUCACAAUUUGUAUUUGUAUUAGUUCACUCUUUAAAAUGUGCUUCCAUUUUAGUUUCUUGCAGUGUGCCACUCACUGGCACACUAGUAAGGUUACUGCUCAAUUUCUUUGUAAGCUCUUCUGACUAAAUAUUGCAAUCUUUAAAAGGGAACUAAUGUAUUUCUAUUUUCAUGUGCAGUUCUCUAUCAAGAGUAUUUUCCCCAGAAAGAUAAAAGGCAAUGCACACAGCUCUGUCAGAUAUGACAGCUUAAAAAUGGAAAGCCUUGCCACAGUUUCCUAAUGAGACUGGAAUACUGUUUCAAGCAGGACUUGGCUGCAGAAUACAAGUAUGAUUUAUGCUAUAAAUGUCAGCAGCAGUAUUUUGAACAUAGACUAGUACUUCUGAUGGUUUGGGGAAGUCAGCUGCACUGUCAUUGGUAAAGGAGGAGGGAUAGAAAAAGGGCAGUUUCAGAGAGAGUCAUGUUGUCCUAGGGAUGUACUUUCCUUUUUUCCUCAGUGAAUUACAUAAACUGCACCAGAGAGAAAACAGCUUGUGCACAAAUUAAUGAGGCAUUUCUUUGAAAAAUAACUGUGUUAGCUUCAUCUUUCUUCUUAAAGAUAACAGUCUAUACUAUUCUAGAACUGAAGAAAGGGCAUGUCCUGUUCAAAGAAGUUUUCUUCUCCAUUCCAUGCUCCUGGCUGUUAAUCCUGGCUCUUACGUGACCUUUCAGUCGACUUGCCCACCUUUUACCUGCUCCCCUGAUGGGGGUAGUAGUAUUAGUACUGCACGAAUUUGCUCGGUGCAUAGUUGGACAAGUGCCACCUGAGCCAGCAAAAAAGAAAACAGAACAGCUAGGACUGGUUGAAAGAGGUUGGGAUAGUUUCUGUUAUUGGAGGUCAUUGGAUCGAGCUGUUACAGGCAAUUUUAUGCCUAUAUGCCGUGUUUCAGACUCACUUAUUUUGACACUGCAAAAGCAAAUUAAAAUGGGAUUUUUAUUUUUUUAUUAACUGAAUUUUUGUGUAAUGCCCUCUAGUGCUUUGCAUUUAAAUACCUUAUGUUUGAGUAAAUCCUUAAUCCUGGAAAUUCUGACAACUAACUUCAGAAGUAUUACACCAGUAUAUGGAUGUGAAAAUAAUCAAAAAUACAACCACCCCCCCCCCCCCCCAAAAAAAAAAGUCUACCAUAUGUAAACUUCUGGGAGACAGUUUUUAGAUUUGCAAUAUUAAACUCAGUGCAGUAAAUCCUUCCAGUAAAAAGACUUAUUGCAACUAUUUCUUUCCUAGAAGAGGCUUGAAGAGGGAGAUAACAUCUCCCUUUCUUAAUGAGGUUAGUAUUGUAGCGAUGAUCUGGAAAAUGUCCCAGAUGUCUUUCCCAUCUAGUUUUCAUUAAAUAAUGUGAACAGCCAUAAGAGCAUCACUAAAAAUCAUCUAGACUUCACCUAAACAUAACUUCUUACAUCUACUGUAAUGCCUUGCAAGGUUGGAUCCACCUGUGCGACAGCUUUGUUCUUGAUGAGAUGUGUGAUUUGGAUGAAGCUGUGAAUCAGAAGUGUCAGUUAAUGUAAAGCAUGACUUUCUCCACAUGUUUAAAAAACUCCGAGGACUUUCUUAAUACCAAAUUACCCAAGUGUAUUCACUCUCUGGUUCCACAGCCAUCUCCUUUGCACUUUGACAUUUAACCAGAAGAGAUGCCCAUUUUCAGUUUCAUUUCAGAUCACAUGUAGAAGUAAGAUUCCUGCAUCAUAGUUUCCUAUAUGCAAAAUAACAGUUUGUAUCUGUAAAUGUGUUUAUAGAGAAUGUUACGUAGCUAAGGUUGAGUUUUUAGUCAGAAUGGUAAGUUAACUGCUAUGUGUUGUGUUUGGUUACAUAUUGGAAGUGCAAGGGAAUUUGGUGUGGUGCAGAAGAGCUUUAAGAGUUCACAACAUAAUUAAUGCAGGUGUCAAUUAACUUGUGAUGCCAAGAUGAAUUUUCUGCUGUCAAGUUUCAGUUUACCAGAUGUGCUGUUUACUUACUCUAAGAUUGGGGAACGCCUCCCUAGCAUAGUUUUGCAAAUUACCUUUCUUAGGAAAUUUCCACACAGUUACAGGCUUAUGUAUUAGUGCAUUUCUGUGACUUCAAGAUUUAAAGAAAUUAUUCCAAUUUUGCUGUUUGUGAAAACAUCCUUUGCUUGAGUGGCUGUAGAAUUGAAAUUACGAUUUCAGGAAGAUAAAGAGGGAGCUGGUUCACUCAAUAAAAAGCACUUCUAUUGAGAGCUCAAGACAUACAUACAAACAGUAUAUCUAAUGCCAUCCUUUCUGGUGGGAUCUAACAUGAAUAAAGCUUGUGCUGGUUCUCUGCAAGUAAACUGUCAUCCUGUGAGACAAGAUGAAUUUGCCCACCUGUAAAUGUUGUUUCUCUUGAACAAACUCAGCCCACGAUUAUCUUUCCUUCAAUUUUGUUGUUUGCUUCUGCCUGAGAUGCAUUACUGUUUAUAUCCUAACUCUGUAAUUAAUUAUUUCUUCAGUUAUUCUAAUGUAUUUUGUUUCACAGUACACUUAUUCUGAAUUUAGUCUUGCUAUGCAUAAUUUAUUUAUUACUUGCAGUGUUACAUAAAAUUUCCUCCUGAUUGCA